GUCCGGCCGAGCACCGCACGCUACUCCAUCGUCUGACGCGGUGGGUGUCGAUCGGGGAGCAGCGUUCACCGCGCUGAAGGAUUCCGCAGCCGCUGACAGCACGUCCGUGACGCCUGCUGCACCGUUAGUACUCUCAACACUGCAGUCUUCGAAUGCAGAACCACGGGCAAAACACGAACCGAAAUCAGUUUUGGAACUGCUUACGGUGUCAGAGCUGGCAGACCUGUACAGAAGUUUUGGGCAGUUGCAGUGGCGCACAGCGGUGGUUUCCGGUCGUGGCGGCGUGAGUGCGGCAACGGCAGAGGGCGACGGCGCAAGCGGGGCAGAGGGCGAUGGCGCAGUUGCUGACCAGCUUCCAGCUAGCACAGGCGAAAAAGUUGUACUGCCAGCACCAUCGUCGGAGGAAGGAGUUGUAACAGCACCGACGACACAGCAGGAAUCUGCCUCAACGUCGUCAAGUGGAGAUCAAGAACCACUCUCGAUUGAACUGAAGUCGGACGCAAUUGAUUGCGUGGCCCACGAACUUUGUCGACGUGCUCCACUGGAUAUGCCACUCUUGGAGAAAAUCCUCUUUGGUUUAAUGCGUAUGCGCCAUGAGCAUCUCGGACUGCUGCAGGUCUGUGCGCGGUCGUUCCAUUUCCAUCAAAAGUUGUUGCCAUCCCUUCGCGACGCGACGUUGAGUAGGAUUCUCGGGUCAUUCACGUAUUUCAAUUACCAGGAUUAUGCCAAGGAAAAGUUUACUCACACUUAAGAAACUAGGCAAGACCCUCUAGGCAGAAAACGGCCUCUUUGAUCAAGUAAGUGUGAAUACACUUUUUUCCCUUCAUAAGGAUCCGAAAUUAUACCAGCUGUUAAUUCGCGAGUUGGUCUCGCGCGUGGAUAAGAUGGGACCCAUGUCGGUGCACCACAUGAUCGUUGGGUUGCAGCGUCAGAUUCCGUUCCUCUCGGGACCAGGAGAAUCCACGGACUGGCUCGCAGAUGCAGUGCGACGCGUUUGUGGCCGCAUUGCGAGCGACACGUCUUUUUGGACCCUGGCGCAGACGUACGGGACCCUAAAUGCACUUGCGAAAAUCCGAGUGCGUGAGACUCGCGUGCUCCAUGCCCUGGUUCGGCGUCUCGUGAUCAUGGAUAGUCAGGCUCAGAGCAACGAGUUUGUCUCGUGGGGAACUGCACCCGUGCUGGCCGCCACCACGAAGAGCGGCAGGUCGAAAAUCGGAAAAGACAAUAGCAGCAGCGGGCGCAAUGCUCCAGCACAGUCAGGGACGGAUGCUUCUUUUCCUAGGCAUGACUUUUCUCUGCCUCCACAACACUGGUUGCUGCAGAUUUUGGGUGAGAACGAGGAUACGCGAACAGAGUCCAUGACGAAGGAGCACCUAACAGCCACUUGUCCAUUCGACCUGCAGCGAACACGGGAUCAGUGGGCUUUGCAAGACUGUGCUUUUGCUUCUUCGGUACUGCAUUCUUUAGACCAGCUGCAGGCGUGGAGUUUGGAGAGUGUGUGGCUCGCGCUAAUCCUUCGCGCCCAGGUGGAACCGAGGCUUCACGAUUUGCGCUGCCGCGAGUUGGUCCAUUUGGGGCUGGCUUUCCGUGAUCUUCGUAUGUCCGCGGGGCAGUGGAAGUUAGUGCAAGAAGCGAUCGCGCAUGACGACGCUGCAAGAAAACCGUCUGAUUUGAACGCGGGUGAAAGUGGUACGGAGUCAGGAGACGGAGUCGGCAGGACGAGCAAGGUUGAUGAUGUAGGACUGAAUGUCGAGCAGGCUGAUGAUGAAGAGCAGGACGGUGCCGUAGAAGAUGCUAAUCAGGCCCAAGAUUGGCGUCACGAGUUCUUUCAUAGUAUUGUCGAGCACUUGAGACGACAUGAGGCUUAUGCAACGUCUCAACCAGAUGCGCAGGACAAGCUGAGAUUACUGAAAUCGACGAUUCUGCUGGAGAUGGAUGGACGGGUUGAACAAAAAGCGCUAGACUUGCUCGACAAAUUGAGCACACCCAGCCGCGCAGAAGGUCCGACGGCUUCUGCGAGCAGCGAAGAGGCGUCAGUGGACGCAUCGAAGAAGACACACAGUACGGUGGAGUCGAGCUCGGAGAAAGAAGAUGGAAGCAACCAAGGGGUCGACGAAAAUGCUGCUCGGUUGUCUCUCCUAGAGCUUGAGGUUCUAAACGCUGCAGUACCACUGCAGUUUCAACCUCAAAGAGUUGGCGGGGCUUACACAACAGCCGUAAUUGGGCAGGGAGAGUGAAGCCAUUGUCACUGGCAAGAAGCCGCAUGAUGCUUCUUGUGAUAGAAGGGCAUUGGGCAGGACAUGAUUGUAACGAAUUUCUUUUUCUUAGUAUUCUUAUCCAAAACCAAAAAAUGAAAACUUGUUAAAAAUGAAAACAUCAAUUGCUACUGCACGAAUAUUCUGUAACUCAUCUUUUUCCACCUGUCGUAGCCCUCACACAUCCAGAUAUCAAAAACGUUAGUACAUGAAUUCUCUUUUGACUUUCUUUUCUAAAAAUUGAUGUGGACACCCAAAGGUGGGCAUCAUGGAUUUAUGCUGAUUAGUUGCAGGUCCGACUUCAUGAUAUUGUGAAUUGUGACAUGUUUGCCUGGAUAAAAGUGGAAUGAGGCGACUUCAUCUCCGCAAUGAGAGAGAUGCCAUUGC